AUGGUAAUUGCCGGAGCACCUGAGCCGUCGCCAGAGCUCGUUGCCGCCUGGUCGGCUGUGGUCGCCAAGCCUGCGGCGGAGCCCGAAAGGGCGACCAUGGCGACGAAGCCCCCUCUACCGCCGGCUCCGAGGCCCGUGACAGCAGUCUCUGAAAAGACUCCUCCCCACGCACCCGCGGAUCCCCUUGCUGGGCCGGAGGCAGGACCGUCCACUCCCGCUGCUGUUCCGUCCGCUCUGCCUGCGGCCCCCGGUCCCCUGGCUCCCCUUGUCAAGCCAUCGGCGUCUGCCCCUGCUGGGGGUGUUGCAGAACCCCCGGCACCUGUCCCUGGCGCCCCUGCUGCGCCGACCGCUUCUGUCCCCUGCCAGCCUGCGCAGGCCUCUGCUUUGUCACCAAAGGUGGCGUCCGCCACCACUGUCGGGCCGGCUCCGUCUGUUGCGCCUGCGGCUGCGGGCCAGUCCGCCCUUGCUGUGACGGCGGUGGCUCCUGCGGGCCAGCCGUCGCGCCCUCCGUCGCCUGACCGCCGCUCGUCACGCCCCCAUUCCCCCGCUCCCCAUCAGGACCGCAGGUCCUCUCGUCGCCGGCGUGAGUCUCCACGGCGGUACCAGCAGCAGUCGCACUGGCCUGCUCACCCCGGGGCGAGUUAUCGCUAG